GGCAGUCAGGUUAGUGAGAGGGUAGAGACGAGGCAAGGCAAGCGAUUUAGCUAGUGCUGGUUCGCGGCAAGCCACGCGAGUCGGAGCGCCGAGAGAGCAGCCGAGGUCCCGUUGACCGUGCCUGCCUGCCUGCCUGCCUGCCUGCACCGGGAGAGGCGUCAUGAAAGCGCGCCAGUUGACCAAGUACACCUCUCGUCGGACGAAACCUCGUAUUUCCCAUUGUUGAUUCUACGUAGCCUUUCGUCUUUUCCUUUCGUGGCGAGGGUUCGAACCGUGCGUCUCCUGUUCGUGGCUGUCAUUUUUCCUUCGAAUUGGACAAACUACUUAAUUACUCGUACUAUUUCGAUGAUCCUUUCGAGUGAUGUGUGUUGGUUUCUUUUCCAUGGAUUGAUAACGGAUGUGCUGGUGCCUUUUACGUGACGCUUGUGCGGUGAACUAGGACAACGAGUGCAUACGAAGAAGAGAAAACACAGCCGUUCGAUGAAACGGCUAGUCGGAUAAAACGAAUGUUAUAUCGUUGAACGGUUUGUUCGAUUCUUCGGACGAAUCUUACGGUACUCGUCUAGAUACUAUACUACAUACAUAUACUUAUUUAUGUGCAGACGACUACAUUUGGGAAUCCAUUCGACCAACAGAGCGAUGAUAAAAAGUGAAAACUGAUCAAAGAUUGUAGUUUCCGACGCACUGUGGACUUGUCUGGGCGUUGACCACACUACGAACAUUAUUAUUUUAUUUCAUGAGUUGUACAGUAUAUCGUAUAUCACGUUGACGUGAACCGUCGGCGCGGCGUCGGCGUCGGCGUCGAUGUUUCAUGUUCGAUGUUCCAUGUUCGAUGUUCGAUGUUCGAUGUUUGAUCAGCAGCACGCUUUGGCUGGAAAUUUGGAUAAUUAAUAGGUAUCGAGAGCGAGGAAUAAACGAUGGAAGGGAUGAAAAGAAAAUUUGUAUAAAGAAUCGAUUUACCGUAAAUCCACGACAACGAUACACCGUGUAUCUCGUAUACCGUUUUUUCUAAAUACAAAGGAACCAGAUAACGAAGGGAACGAGGUCACGUUGAACUGAUUCGAUGCUCGAUUCGAAUUCUUCUCGCAUUCCGUGACGUUUGUCGUUCGCAUAUUUAAACAUCGAGGCAUAUCGUUGUAGACAUCGAUCGAAGAAUAAAUACAAAAGGAGAUUCGCUACGACAUUCCAUUUAUCUCUAGAAUAUAAUAUUCGGAGAGUGCAAGAUAAAGGGAAAUUUCAAUAGAAAAUGUUUAAUAAUUCGAUAAAAGUUUGAUUACGUUAGAUAAGUGCUAAGCAGAAUUGAAACGUCGAGGAUUAUCGGACGAGUUCGCGAUUAAUAGCAGUGGUAUUUUUGAUUUUGUAUCGCUUGGUUCGUCAGCUUGUCUCGUCGUCGAAGGGUGGCAUCCAUCCCUUCGGUCUGUUAUCCGAUUCCGCGCAUCAAAGUGCUCCGGCUCCGAACGAGUAGAAACAGAAACACAGCUACCAGGAGGAAAAUCUUAUUCAGUGGCAACUAUUGUUUUAUACCGCCUUUCAGAUUCAACGGCGCGGCGAACAGAGCCCAGCGUGGAACAGAGACGAAAAUAACGGUGUGCGAGCUCGAACCGUUAUCGAUCGUUUUCCGUUGAUCGUCGACGAAUGAGAUUAUCCAUGGUGUUGUCGAUAAUCCAUCGCAUUGGUUUUUCGUGUCGCUAUUGAGCUGUCUCUGCUGCGCUUUGACGUUAAAUUUCGCUCCUUGACGAUAUCUGUAUGGGAAAUGAAACGGGAAAGAAGAACGAGUUUUGUGAUCGUCCAACAAACGAGCUGAACGCUUCUCGCUAAAAUGACGGAAGGAGGAACUGGAAGGCUGACGAACGAUAGAACGAGGAAAAAGGAGUGAGUUGUCGGCGGGAAAAUUGCUCGAAAGGAAGAGGUUUCGACGCGGGAACCAACCGAGGCCGACCAGGAAGAGAACUUGAACGUAACGUGGUCGUUCGGUGGCACGGUGACACGUGGGCAUCGUGCGCCGUUUAUAACAUUCCUUCGAGUAUAGUAUAGUAUAGUAGAGUAUAGUAUAGUAUACUAUAGUAAAGUAUCCGCAAAGGGGAUUCGUUAGAAAAAGACGGAGUGUUCCGGUUAACCAAACUUGAGUCAGCUUGUCGAUGGAUAUGGCAGCUGUCGUUUUCUCGGCUCUUCUUACUCGGUUCCAUCGCACUCGCCACUGUCACUAUCGACAUCGUCGUGGUACUUGUCAAUUGGGCGAACAGGUGUUGUCCAGGCAAGGUGUCCAGGUCGGAAUACGUGAUUUCUCGUGAUAGCAGGCACGAGGCUCGAACGAAGGGAGUUCCAGUGACGUCGAUCGAUCGAGAGACAACUAGCAGCAGCAGCAGCAGCAGCAGCGGCGGCGGCAGCGGCAGCGUACCUCGCGCUCAUUCUUAGCGACCGAAAGUGUUUGCCGGCGAGGUGCGGUGGUGCGCGCUUUAUACACGUUACAUGGUGAGCCUCGGUGAAUCGGUCAGCGUGGACAAGUAGGCCAGAAAAGAAGAGGCAACCGGCGAAUAUAGGAGGAUAUCAUUUCUUGCGUCGCGUCGUUUACUCUUCAUGAUUUCGUUAAGGAUGAAGAGCGAGGCUAUCGAUUCCUCGCGGCCGAUAUCAAGGUUUUGCGGCACUCUUCUUCUACUCCUGACACUCCUUGCAGAGGUGACAUAUUCGGCCGAUCUGGCAAUCGAAAUACCAGGAAAUCUAAGCCAGGGCGGUUCUUGGUAUCGUUUGGAUUACAGUCCUAACGUUGGUCACCCGCUACCGAAUACUACCAUAGCCGCCACCGACAUUGGAGAUGUCAUCAAGUUCAGAGAUGGUCUUCCUGGAACUAGAUACGAAUUUUGGUUGUAUUACAGCAAUAGCACUCUUCACGAUUGGCUUACGUGGACGGCCUCGAUAAUUACAGCACCGGAUCCUCCCUCCAACCUUACCGUCUCUGUGCGAAAUGGAAAGACUGCGGUAGUCUAUUGGGCGCCGCCAGCCCAGGGCAAUUAUUCUGGUUUCCGGUUGAGGGUGCAAAGUUUCAGCGACACCGGAAAUCCAAAAACAAGCGUCAUUCCCGCGGAUGCAGUUCCUUACGUGCUGCGCGAUCUCAUCCCCGGGGCAACGUAUUCGCUUCAACUUUUCACCGUAUUAGACACCAAAGAAAGCGUGGCUUACACCAGCAGAAACUUUACCACGAAACCCAAUACUCCUGGCAAAUUUAUCGUAUGGUUUAGAAAUGAAACAACCUUAUUGGUCCUUUGGCAACCACCCUAUCCUGCUGGGAUUUACACCCAUUAUAAAGUCAGUAUAGAUCCUGCCGAUGCCAUAGAAUCCGUUCUUUACGUGGAAAAGGAAGGCGAACCCCCGGGGCCAGCGCAGGCUGCUUUCAAAGGACUCGUUCCUGGCAGAGCUUACAAUAUUUCCGUGCAAACGGUAUCGGAGGACGAGACUUCAGCUCCUACAACGGCACAAUAUCGAACGGUGCCAUUGCGUCCACUGAAUGUAACAUUCGACAAGUCUUCGAUAACAUCGACUUCCUUCCGCGUCUUUUGGAAUCCUCCCGAAGGAAUGUCUGAAUUCGACAAGUAUCAAAUAUCUUUAGGUGGCAACCGAAGACUAGCGCCGGUUACCAGAAAUCGGGACGACGAGAGUAAAUGGGAAUUCAAGGAUUUGGAACCGGGGAAAACCUAUCAAGUCGUCGUGAAGACAGUGUCGGGCAAAGUUACCAGUUGGCCAGCGAGCGGAGACGUUACUUUGAAACCGUUACCGGUACGCGAUCUUCGCGCUGUCGUUGACGAGAAAACUGGGAUGGUCGAGGUUUCUUGGCUUCCCGAAAAUUCCAGCACUCAGGACAAUUACAAGCUGCAGUAUCACGAAGUUGAAACAACGAUCGGCGGUGACAGCAACACAUUAUCAACAGAAAAGACCAAAGUCACUCUAGAAGCUUUGUUGCCAGGCAGAAAUUAUUCGAUAAUCGUGCAAGCAAUUAGCAAUAAACUCGAAUCGAAUGAAACUGUUUUGUACCAAGUUACCCGGCCAUCGAGUCCGAUAAUCGAGGAUUUGAAGCCCAUCGAGAUGGGAUUGAACAUCUCGUGGAAAAGUGAUGUAAACUCGAGACAAGAAAAAUUUGAGGUAACGCACAACAGAAACGACACUGGAGAGAGCGCGACAACUUUGACAACAGAGUCUCACAUCGUUUUGGAAGACCUCUAUCCUGGCGCAGCGUACGAAGUUAAAGUUUUCGCCAUUAGCCAUGGCUUAAGAAGCGAACCACACGAUUAUUUCCAAGCAGUUUUACCUCAUCCGCCGAAAAAUUUAAGCAUCGAAAGGGUAACGAGCAACACUGUAGUUGUUCAGUGGGAAGCGCCGACGGAUUCGUUGUAUUCAGAAUUUUCGAUUAGGUAUCGAACAGAAGAUGACCCAAGAUGGGUAAAAUUGCCCAGUGUCCGAGAAACGGAAGCGGAAGUAGCAGAUAUGACGCCAGGGGAGAAAUAUACGAUUCAAGUGAACACCGUGAGUUAUGGAGUCGAAAGUCUUUCUCCGCUCCAAGUGAACCAUACAGUUCGUCCGAAUCCGGUAUUAAAUAUUACUUCAAUAAUCGACUCAACGAACGUGACACUAGAAUGGCCAAGACCAGAAGGUAGAAUCGAAACCUACGUGAUUAGAUGGUGGCCAGUUGAAAAUAGCCAAGACGUGCGAACGAAAAACGUUACGGAAAGUAACGAUGUGUCUAGCAUCAUUUUCGAAGAAAACGCCGUGCAAAAGGUUUUAGUAGGGGAUUUGAUGCCAGGCGUUCAAUAUUCCUUUAUCAUCUAUACGGUGUCUUAUGGCUUAGUCAGCGAUGUCACCAAUUUGACUACCAGGACAAUGCCACUGAUCCAAUCGGAAGUCGUUGUGGUGGUCGAUCGUGAUCAACCUGAUUCCUUGACGUUGAGGUACACACCGACGCCCAUACAGUCGUCGAUUUUCGAUUUGUAUCGGUUCCGGAUUAGCGACCAGAACAACACGACGAAAGAGCGACUGCUCGACGACACCGACACUAAGGUGACUUUCACUGGCCUUACACCUGGUAAACUGUACAACGUGACCGUUUGGACUGUCAGCGAUGACGUCGAGAGUAGACCUCUACUUAGGCAGGAUCGACUUUAUCCCGAACCAAUCACAUCUAUCCAGACGGUAGAUGUCAAUGACACAAGAAUUACUUUAACUUGGGAUAUUCCACGUGGCCAGUACGAUUCUUUCGAAGUCCAGUACAUAAACGCUGAAGAAAAUUACAUCCAAAACAUUACGUCAACCAAUAUGAUAACCAUCUCCGAUUUAAAACCUCAUAGAAAUUACACUUUCACGCUGGUGGUUCGGUCCGGUACGGCCUCCUCCUAUCUCAGAGUGUCGAAUCCUCUUAGCGCCAGCUUCACUACCAGCGAGUCAUAUCCUGGCAAGGUAGAAAAGUUUCAUCCUACGGACAUACAGCCCAGCGACAUUAGCUUCGAGUGGUCUUUACCUAGUCAAGAGCAGAAUGGCAUCAUUAGGAAGUAUACUAUCACGUAUGGAUUGGAAGGUUCGGCUCACACACAAAUGCAAGACUUCAGACCAAACGAGUACCGCGGCGUCAUCAAGUCUCUUAUACCUGGAAAGACGUACAUCUUUCGAAUUCAAGCUCAAACGAAAAUCGGUUUCGGACCUGAAGCAAUCUGGAAACAGAAAAUGCCAAUUCUGGCACCACCUAAGCCACCGACUCAAGUAGUGCCGACGGAGGUUUGCAGAAGCAGUACGACUAUUCAAAUACGCUUCAGGAAAAAUUACUUCACCGAACAGAAUGGCGCUGUGACGUCUUACACGAUCAUUGUAGCAGAGGAUGAUAGUAAAAAUGCAUCUGGUCUGGAAAUGCCCAGCUGGAGAGAUGUUCAAGCUUAUAGUAUCUGGCCUCCGUAUCAGGUAAUGGAACCUUACUAUCCGUUCAGAAAUGGAUCAGUGGAGGAUUUCACGAUCGGUAGCGAAAAUUGCGACAAUAAAAGUGGAUACUGCAAUGGACCACUCAAAUCUGGAUCCACUUACAGAGUCAAAGUACGAGCGUUUACCGCCCCGGAUAAAUUUACGGACACUAGUUAUAGUUUUCCAAUUCAAACAGGAUUGCUGCUGGCAGAUAAGGACAACACGGCCAUCAUUGUUGGAGUGACGGUACCAAUAGUGCUUCUGCUGAGUUUACUGGGUAUUGGACUGUUAGUGAGAAGAAGAAGAAGUCAAAGUCGCAAGACAACUGAACCACGAACAACCGAUAACUUGUCGUUACCGGACAGCGUUAUCGAUACUAGUCGACCAAUCAAGAUCGAGGACUUUGCCGAGCAUUACCGCACAAUGUCAGCGGAUUCUGAUUUCCGUUUCUCGGAAGAAUUUGAAGAACUUAAACAUGUUGGAAGAGAUCAACCUUGCACUGCGGCAGAUUUGCCAUGUAACAGGCCGAAGAAUCGUUUCACCAAUAUUUUGCCCUACGACCACAGCAGAUUUAAACUUCAACCUGUGGACGACGAAGAAGGUUCCGAUUACAUCAAUGCCAAUUAUGUUCCUGGUCACAAUUCUCCGCGAGAAUUCAUUGUUACGCAAGGACCCUUGCAUUCGACGCGCGAUGAUUUUUGGAGGACAGUUUGGGAGAGUAACAGUAGAGCGAUUGUAAUGUUAACGAGGUGUAUUGAAAAGGGUCGAGAAAAAUGUGACCAUUAUUGGCCAAUGGAUACUCUACCCGUCUAUUAUGGCGAUAUUUGUGUCACGAUAUUGAACGAAACGCAUUAUCCUGACUGGAGUAUUACGGAGUUUAUGUUAUGCAGAGGAGAUGUUAAAAGAGUUAUUCAGCACUUUCAUUUUACGACAUGGCCUGAUUUUGGUGUUCCAAGUCCACCUCAAACAUUAGCUAGAUUCGUACGAGCUUUUCGAGAAAGAGUUCGGCCUGAUCAGAGGCCGAUAGUUGUACAUUGCAGUGCCGGGGUUGGUCGCAGUGGUACGUUCAUCACAUUGGACAGAAUACUCCAACAAAUCUUGGUAUCCAAAUACGUGGAUAUCUUCGGGAUAGUUUGGGCGAUGAGGAGGGAACGCGUUUGGAUGGUCCAAACGGAACAACAAUAUAUAUGUAUACAUCAAUGUCUUUUGGCAGUUUUGGAGGGUCAAGAUAUGACUGGACCACCUCGAGAGAUUCACGACAAUCAAGGAUUCGAAGGCAAGAAUCGAAGCUCGGUUGAAAACACAAAGAGCCCUGCUGAAGAUGAAAAGGAAAGGUGACCUUCGAACUGCGAAUCCUGCGUCGAUGACGACGAAGGAAUAGCAGAAUCGGGGAUGUGAUGUUCCAAUACCUCGUUGCAUUCAGGGAUCAACGAACACGAGGAAUUGUUAGCAAUAUUUGGAAAAGGUGCAGUGCGCCGACAAGAAUAGUACUACGAUGAUACAUUUGUACGAUCAAAAUAUCGAAAGUGAAGAUUGAAACAAAGUAGAGGAGAAAUACAUCCACGAAAGUGUUCGGUUUUAUGAAAACAGUUUGUUUCAGAGAGAGAAAGAGAGAGAGAGAGAGAGAGAGAGAGAGAGAGAGAGAGAGAGAGACCCAGACCUAACCGAAUUUUUCAUCGAUUACAAUUUAUGAUAAUUGUGCCGGUGCGUCUAUUAAAACGAACGACAAAACUGUGUAGUUAGAUUUUCCAUAAAGAAUAUUAUACAUAAGUGAUAUGACUUUAAUUCCCUUUUAUAACGAUUCGUUAAGUGGCGUGUCAUCCGUAUGAUUCGCGACAGCAUAAAACACACACAAAUAAACGUAAACAAAGAACUAUUUAAACAAAUAAAGUAGAAAUUUGUCAAAGUUUCGUCGACUAAAUAUUCCGAAUAAGUGUUCAAGAUUGUUUCGAGAAAUAUACGGAUGGUAAAUUUGUCGACAAUAACUUAAUCCUGUUGGAGUUACGCGGUGGAAAUACUGUACCGAAUGAAAGAAACGAACGGUUACUGCAUCCAACUCGAAGUGAAAUUUAAAAACAAGAAGACACGAAAAAAAGAAGAAAAAUUCUAUUUCUAUGUUUUUUACAAUAGGUAGUAGGUACACGUAUUUGAAUCGUAUUCCAUACAUCAUCGUUCAAGGAAUCUACGUGCAACGGAAAAAGCAUCGAAAGUUUUUCCGACGAAAAGAGAUAAACUUCCGAGAAAAACUUGCAAAAAGAAACGAACAAAGGCAUUAAAUGUUGUUACGAAGAACGAAAACGAAAUUCUGCCAGAAUAUCGACAACGCGCAUCGAGGUGAAAUUCAACGCGACGAAAUAAAUUCGAAGAGAAGCUUGAACUUUUAAAUUGUUUGGAUUGAAAUCAAUCGAUUGUUGUUCUCGAAUUUAUAAGAUAGACGUAUUUUCUAGAUAUAAAAAAAAAAUCAACGGAAUAACGGAAAAACAUGGAAAAACAUGGAGAAUUUUGUUUAAACUUUCACUGGUUAUUUACAUAUCGAAAAAACCCGUUGUUGCAUGAGAGAACCAAGUUGUAAAGUAGCGUUGCAAAUACUUUUCGUAGAACGUUACUGUGACAGGGUUUUCAGGAUGGAAACAGAAAUCUCUGCUAGAUAAAUGAUUUUUAUUUCGACCGACUCGCUGAAAAUCCACCCGCCGCGCCGUUGACGACGCUCUGUGUAACAGUUGAGCAAAAAGGGCGGCGGUAAUGGUUGUGUGUCACCAAAAGAGCGCUGAUCGGCGAAUCCUUCUACAAACAAAGUUUCAAUCAAAGUAAUGCCAUCUCUGCCCGACUACUGGCUACGAUCGGCAAGCAACAAUGGCUGUGUUGUGACGCGUGUCGCCAAAAGGCUGCCGACCAGCCAAUUCUUACAUUACAUGUGUCUGGACUUUGUUGCAUGACAUUGCGUAUAUAUUUAUGAAUCGCCAUGUCGACCAUUUCGAACAAAUUUUACCAAUUUUCGGACGUUCACGUAGAUGAUACGUUGAAGGAAUUAGGGUAAUUAUAGAGAACACAGACUGUUCUCUAUAAUUACCGGAAUUAGCGACACUUUGAUCUUGAAGUUUCAUCAAAUGUUUCUAUCUCGACAACUUUUCGUUGUUGGCACGAUAUACCUAUCGUGAUGUAGUCAAGUCCAGGUUACAUAUCUUAAAAAAUGUAAGAUGAGCUGAUCUUGCAUUGGGUUGCCACAUUUCGAUCGAUACAUACAUAGAUACAUUUACAAAUAACGCUAGGUUUGUAACAAAUCGAAAUUCUUAAAUGCAACGGAGACCAUAAAAAUAAAGAAACACAAUUCAGAUCUACAGGAACUUUGUUAUUUAUUUGUUGUUUUAUUUUCAUAAAGUUACAUCAACGUCUUUUACAAAUACAUAUCUUUUUUGUUAAUUAUGGUAGUAUUAUGCGUCAUCGAUUUGUUGUGAAUCUGAUGGAAACUAAAUCGACAGACACCAUCGGUAAUCGAACAACUGUCGCGAGUGGCAACCAUCCGUCCAAAGGCUGUAGUAGAGACGCCAAUCCAAUUAAAUGUUGUAAGCCUACAUUACCUAGAAUGAGAAAACAAAGGAAGGGCGAAAGUGAGAUACAUGAUUUUCGUCGACCCUCCUUUGUCAUGAUAAGAGAAACAUGUCAGUGGGAACAAGAAACUCGCAUCUUCGUAGAAGCCAUAUCACUUUGCAUGAGAAUCACUCGACGAUUCGUAUUACUUGUACGUAUUCAAUUAUCCGCAUUCGCAAUCGGAACGAAACGACGAUUGCGAAAUUAUCUAAGAGAUUGAUUCGUUUAGGUCGGUUGUUUUUUACCGUACUCGUUCACGCUUACCACUACCCAAAUUCUAACUAAGCGAUACUCGCGUGGAAGUCACGAUUAAAUAGAUAAGCGAAACGACGAACAAUAUUUUUCCAACGUAACCGUUUACACGAACAGGGUUCUCGACAGCUUUGGAUACUAUUCUCGAUCUACAUACUUGUAUACAUAGAUAUAUGUACAAUUCAUAGACAAUUGAUGAUUAAAUUUAACGAAGCAUGUAAAUUUCAUUCGUACGAUACAGCAUUUAUACAGUAUCAAAGGGGAAAAUAUUCCAGAGAAAAAGAAUAUUACGAUGAAAAUCAUUAAAAGGAUUUCUAGUCUGCUGAAAUUUUAAUGAUAAUUGAAUACAGAAAAAUGUUUAUCCCGAUAUUCUUGUUGUUUUCUUUUUUUACUCGCCAAAAAAAGAAACCUAUCGAAAUCAUACUUGAACAGAUUUUACUCUGAGACCAAUGUUUAUCUGUCAUUUAACAUUUUGUACGACAGUUGUUAGGGUGAGUCGAAAGCUGAAAGGUUCACGAUCGUCACCCCGAUACACGUCGUUAAAGUCAAAUUUUCUCCACGAUAUACAUAUAUAUAUAUAUAUAUAUAUAUAUAUAUAUAUAUAUAUAUAUACUAUGUACUUAAUUUUAUAUUGACUGGCGUGACAAAUGCGUGGGAAAAUUUUUAGGCGUUUAUGAAUGACAGGGAAACCGAUUACUUUUACGAUCAGCAGGGUCAAACGAAUUCUCUUCAUCGAGUUUCCUGAGAGACAGAAAAAACCUCGGAGGAGUAUGAUAUUACCUACAUAAUGUAUUUUUGGAGAAAUGUUUGUAUAUCGCUUAAGUAUAUCCAAUUCAACGACUCGCGAACGACUUUUUAAUGUUCGUAUUUACCGCGAGAACUCGAUGUACUUGUUGUACUUGUAUUAGACAGAGAUGGGCAGAAUUUAAUUAACUAAACGUGAAACUUGUUUAAACUUUAUUUUAAUUUUUGAGAAAAUUGCUUUUGUAAGAAAUGGUCCUGAAAUCUGUUUAAAUAUAUGAACACACAAAUGUACACUCUCUUUUAAACUUUCAGACACAUACGCGUGUUUGGCAGGGUUGCCGAUCAUUUUUGUGUUUUGGCCGGUAUAAGUAAAAGGCGCCUUGCAUCGAUUGCACCUAUUGCUCGGGAUACGAGUAAAGUUAUUAUAAAAGGAAUGUGCCAAUGUCUAUUACGAUUCAUAGUUUCUUUGACAAAUCUGAUGGAUUCGAAAUUGUUGAACUUUUCGAAAUUUCUUAUUCAAGGGAUUAUUUUGCCCAUCUCGAGAACGUCCGCCGUAUGCAAUAUUUUGGUCGAUCCGUUGAUAGGCCGCUGGCACCGUGAAAGAUAUUUCGGUAGUUUUAGUACCGAUGAAUGGCUUCAGCUUAAACGUAUAACAUCAUUCAUCGAAUAAAACGUGCUAAGGAUUAAUCUAUACAUAUACAUAUACAUAUAAAAUACAUAACUGAUAUUGCUAUCAUCAUCGAAUAUUUUUUAUAACGCUUCACGGUGAUUCGUAUGGACGAUAUACCAGACAUACACCUAUGUAUAAAAUAACGGAAUUGUCAAUCAAUUGCCAAAUGCGAUAGGGUAAUAUAAUAUUAUCAAAGGUUCAGAAAUCCUUAAUGAUAUUCCCGAUGUAUCUUCUUCUAAUAGUUUUUCAUUGUUCUAGAUAUUAUAAAAGAUUGCAAGCAUAGUCGUUUCCGUACUAGCCACAAUGGAUCGACAAAGAAUUGCCCGGUAUUAUUGCAGUUCCCGUAACAUCGAAUUUCUCUACCCUAUAUUAAGCUAUAGAUGUGUGUGCAUAUACUCUUCAAUGUGAAUUACCGAUAUUUCAGGUGUAGCAAAAAUUAUGACAUAGCCAAGUCAUGAAAUAUACAUUUAAUUCGUUUUUUGUUUCUACGAUUAAUUAGCCGUACAGACAAAGUAAAAAAUGUCAAGAAAAUUCAGUAAAAAUAGUUAUCUAUAUUCCCAUCGGGAAUCAAUUUUUGUAUUUAAUUCUUCUAAUGUAUCGUUAGAUCAUUGAUAAAUAUUUCUUUUUCACCAUUUCGCCUAUGCAACAGAUCAUGCAUUUAGCGAUUCUUACGAUUCUCGUAUGAAUAUUCAAAUGAUCGUUGUUGAUUUAAAACGACCAUUUCAUGAGAGUAUCUGCUCAGUCUCAGAUUAUCGAUACGUCUACAACAUAACGGACAAGUAAUUAAGGAAUUUGGAUCAUAGUCGUACCGAUCAUGAUUGCGUCAGCGUGAUACAACUUGAUAUACAUACAUAUACGAGUAUGUAUGUAAGAUCGAUCUGUACGGUUAAACCUAACAAAUGAGUUACUUACUACGCUAAAUACACGUAUCAAUAAAUCGACAUGAAUAGUUGUAGAAAAAAUCCGAACAACAUGUACACAGAAUUUGACAAGAGACAUUUAUUUAUCGUGUGAUGUACCAAGUACGGGAGAUAUGCGAUAUAACGUAAAAGUUGUGCUUCUGUUAUAUUAGUAGGUAUAAUAAAUACGUUACUCUGUGAUACAUCACUAUUCUCGAAUGAGGAUGCAAAAUUCAAUGGACACAUGUUUCAAAGGUCUUUGGUACAUGGGAAUGAUUAAUUAAUUUCCAUGAAUUAUCGGCUCGUGCCAAUCGUUUUUACUCGAUUAAUUAAACAGAGAUGAGCGAUGUCAAUGUAAGAAUGAUAUUGUUGUACGCUAAAUUAAUUGUAAGGGAAAAAACGCUUGAUAUCGCGCGACGUUGUACAUAGUAUAGGAUAUUUUGAAUGGAAAGAACUGUACGUAUUAUAUACAUAUACAUAUAUAUAUAUAUAUAUUUUUUUUUUUUAAACGGCGCGCAUGAAUCGUCGAUGUUAAUAAUCGUUGCGAAGCGUGCUAGAUGACAAUGCAUCCGAUGAUCUUGAAAAUAUCGAACACGGAAGGAAAUUGUGAAAGUAUUUGAUAUAAAAGUGAAAUAGCGCUUUUGUAUGCUUUUGUACGCAUUACGAACGUAAGAACAAAUAUACUCUACCUUAAUCGCA